AUGGUCCCUCCCAACCCACAUGCCGUGCUGACUGUGGUGGUAGAAGUGGAGUCGGGGAGGGGUUCAGGCCCUGAGGACAGCUGUAGCCCCACACUCCUGGUGGGGCCCACAAACCUCCGUUUGCUUCAUUUUGGGACUCUAGAGACUCAGGCGGAUGGGCCUUGUGUAUGUGUUGGGGUGGGGGACGGGGGAAAGGGUAGUGCAGGGGAAGAUGGGAAUAUCAUGGUUGACCCCAGCCCUGCCCACAGGAACAAAGCUUCACCUAUGACAGAGUCCUGGGCCCUGACGCUGCUCAGGGCACCUGAGUCAGUGGAUUGUGCCUGUGUGUCCCUGCAGGAGGCAGAGCAGGAGCUGCUGGCACGUGUCCAAUCCACACUGGGCUCUGUGGGCCGAGGGUACAGUGUGGCCCUGUUGCUCCGGGGGAGGGAAACAGAGGCACCCCGACUUGUGCCUCAGCUGCUGCAGAUGCUGUUUGAGGAAGCUCUGCCCCUCAGCUGCUCUGAUCCUGUGCUUAGCACUCUUAGCCUGGUGCAGUUCAGCCCCAGUGGAAGGACCCAGGACCUGCUCUCUCCAGGGGUGGAGAACCUGUCGGUGCUGGACGUGGCCCCUCUGGGCUUGGUGGUAGAAGAUGCCACUGAAGUGGAGGUGUCUGACUCAAAAGCUGCCUCAGAACUGUACUUGCAGGCCACCGCAGAUGAAGGCAGAGACUGCCCCCUGCUGCGGGUGUUGGCUGGUGAAGUUGUUGGUGAGGAGGCGGAGGGCUCUUUGCCCUGGAUUGUUUCACGGCUCUUGGAAGGAAACAACUACAGUGGCCUACUUCUUCGCCUGGACCCCAAGGUGGUAAAAGCGUGGAGCCAGCACCCAAGAAACCAGAUGCUCCAAGGGGCCAGAGCUGAGGUGAUGAGGCCUCCAGAACCACAGCAGGUACCAGAUGUGGCCCGGCCGUUCUUCUUGGCCCAGGCCCGGAGGCAGAGACUGAGGGAGCAGCACCAAAUUUGGAUUUGAGAGAAGCUGAAGCAUUUGGAACAGAAGGAGGAGGUGGCAGAUGACCAGGUCAAAGGCCUGGUGGCUGAAGAGGAGGCCUGCAAGGAGAGGCAGAGAUGGCAGCAGGAACAGAUGGUGCUGAGAUUCCAGCUGGAGGCCCUUCAGGAAGAGCGGGACAUGGCAGAGCAGGACCUGGCAGCCCUCUAUGACCUGCAUGUGCAGGCCACCCGAGCUCAGACACACCAUGUGCUGCGGGCAUUCCGAGCCUGACAGGGCCAGUGGGAGGAGCGAGCCAUGACCACAGAGCAUCAUCACUGCAGCCUGCUGGCGGGCAUCCUGGAAGAAACCAUCAACCUGGCCACACAGAAUCAGGAGCUCCGAGCUGAGAACCAGCAGCUUCAGCAGGGUGCAGACUAGGCUGGGGGUAGUCAUGCUGUAGCUGUCCUGGGGAGAAACCUUAACAGGAACCCUUUAGAGGAAGUUUCUUGUCUCCUCAUUCUGGAGGGUCCUAGAAGGGAGAAAACGGUGAGACAAAACCAAGCUGAUCCUUAUUAUGGAUAG